AUGCUCGUCACAACAGUGAGCCUACUCGCUCUGUCCGCUGUGGCUUCCGCCCAUAGCAAGCACCCAACCCCCAUGUCCGGUCCGCACCAGAAACUGUGGUAUAACACCUUACCAGGAGACGGUGGGACUCAGGCCGACUCUGUCUUCUCAGGCAUUUCGACCUUCGCUCGUUUGCCCUACUUCCCUUGUCUCUCUAGCGACGAUGAGAAGUACGAUAUUGCCUUCAUAGGAGCUCCCUUCGACACCGGCACCUCUUACAGACCCGGUGCUAGAUUCGGCCCUAGCGGUAUCAGACAAGGCUCCCGCCGGCUCAAUCUCUAUGGCGGCUACAACGUUCCCCUAGAAGCUAAUCCCUUCGUCAGUGAUCUAAAAGUCAUAGACUGCGGCGACAUCCCCGUUACCUCCUACGACAACGCCUGGGCAAUCCAACAGAUCGAAGAAGGCCACAACAGCAUCCUAAUGCGCAAGCCCUUCACCGACGCAAAUGAAUACGGUCUCUCGCGAGCAGGCAAAACCCUCCCCCGCGUCAUCACCUUAGGAGGCGACCACACCAUCACCCUGCCCCUGCUGCGCAGUAUCAACAGGGCAUAUGGCCCUGUCAGUGUCAUUCACUUCGACAGCCAUCUCGACUCCUGGAAACCCAAGGUCUUCGGUGGCUCCCCGAGCCAGGUCGCCUCCGUGAACCAUGGAACCUACUUCUACCAUGCGGCGAUGGAAGGUCUCCUCAGGAACGACACGAACAUCCACGCCGGUAUCCGGACUACCCUCUCCGGUCCCUCGGACUAUGAGAAUGACGGAUACUGUGGGUUUGAAAUCGUCGAGGCUAGAGAUAUAGAUACCAUCGGCACCGACGGCAUCAUCAAACGAAUCCGCGACCGCGUUGGUACCGAAAACCCCGUCUACCUGUCCAUCGACAUCGACACGCUCGAUCCCGCUUAUGCCCCCGCUACCGGCACCCCCGAAACAGGCGGCUGGUCGACCCGCGAACUGCGCACGAUCAUCCGUGGUCUGGACGGGUUGAAUCUCAUCGGAGCCGAUAUCGUGGAGGUUGCGCCUGCUUAUGAUACUAAUGCCGAGUUGUCGACUAUGGCUGCCGCGGAUGUGCUUUAUGAGAUUCUUACGAUGAUGGUCAAGAAGGGGCCGUUGACUGUUGAUUCUGCGGGGUCUGUUGAGUUGUAG